GUGAACGGGACUUAAUAAUUGUAGCAAUUUUCUUCGACGUUGGCUAACCUGCCACGGAUGACACUCAAUUCACUUUCAUUGAUUUUAGUGACGUCUUUUUGUAGGAGGAUUCGAUAUUUGUCACCAUGGCUGACAGCGAGGAGAAAGCAAUGCUGCUGAUGGCCGAAGCCGAGAAGAAGCUAAGUUCGAAAGGUUUCUUUGUCUCUCUGUUCGGCGGACCUAAGGUUCAGGAUGCUGUUGAAUCCUAUCAACGUGCUGCGAAUUUGUUCAAGAUGGCAAAGAAGUGGAAUUCAGCUGGCAGUGCUUUCUACGAAGCAGCAGAAGUGAAUGGCAAAGUAGGAAACCGUCAUGAUGCAGCUACCAAUUAUGUGGAUGCUGCGAAUUGCUUUAAAAAAUCUAACAUAAAUGAGGCCAUUAGCUGUUUGUUGAAAGCAAUCGAAAUUUACACAGAUAUGGGUAGAUUUACAAUGGCAGCUAAACAUCAUCAAAGUAUAGCCGAAAUGUAUGAAAGCGAGGCAGUAGAUCUCGAAAGAGCUGUUCAUCAUUAUGAACAAGCUGCAGACUACUUUCGCGGGGAGGAAAGUAAUUCUUCUGCCAAUAAGUGUCUUUUAAAAGUUGCGCAGUAUGCUGCACAACUUGAAAAAUAUGAUAAGGCUAUUCAAAUUUAUGAACAGGUUGCUUCUUCAUCCUUAGAAAGUUCUUUGUUGAAGUAUAGUGCUAAAGAAUAUUUUUUCCGAGCGGCAUUGUGUCACUUAUGUGUUGACGUAUUAAAUGCGCAACACGCGAUUGAACGUUACCAAGAACAAUAUCCGGCAUUCCAAGACUCUAGGGAAUGUAAACUAAUAAAGACAUUAAUAGAACAUCUAGAAGAACAACAUCUUGAAGGUUUUACAGAGGCGGUAAAGGAAUAUGAUUCAAUUUCACGAUUGGAUCAGUGGUACACAACAGUAUUAUUACGCAUUAAAAAACAAGUUAACGAUAAUCCAGAUUUACGCUGAUCGGUUAUUCCAUUUUCGUGCUAUUCCUUAUCGAUGAUAUUAUUAAUCCAAGUCUAUGUGUAUUCUUUUUUAAAUCAUACCCUGCUUUCAGUGGAACUUGUAAAGUAGUUUCAUUUUUUAUAUCCAAAUAUAUUUUUCAUAACACUUCCUUGCAAUCUUGGCGGAUCUACGGCAUAUUCAUUUAUCGAGUUAUUAUUUAUUCAUAGAAGAUUGUCAUCAAAGAGUAUACAGAAUGAACGUCAGCUAAUCUAUGGAACUUACUAGUUCGAAAUGCCAUUAUAAGGGGGCAUACAAAUAAAUAUAGAACUAAAUAAUAUUAGAACUUUGUUGGUAUUCAUAUUUAUGAAUAUAUAAAUAGCUAGUUGAAAAUUGAAAGCUUGUGCAGUUUAAUUUCAGGAUUUGUGACCGCAGUGAAUUAUCAUAUUGAAAACCAUUGAUUCUCGUAAAUUGAGUGACCUUGAUAGAUGUGGUGCGACCUUACAUAUAUAUAUAUAUAUAUAUAUAUAAUAUAAUAUAAUAUAAUAUAUAUAUGUAAUAUUUCUAUCAGCUGUUAUUAUUUAUUUUAAUAAUUCAGAUUAAACAGUGCUAAGAUUUUCUGGGUACCGAAUGAAUACACGUAGCCCAUGCUUAUUGUGAAUUAUAAUAUAAUUUAAUACUUUUUAGGAGCAUCUUUUCUGAAAUUGUUAUAACUAUUCGAUAAAUUGUCAGUUGUUAUCUUUACACUGCCAGGGUAUCAAAAUAAUGGAUGUGGAGUAUACAUUAUUUUUCAAACUAAAUUGGACAUUCUAUUGACAUCAGUUUCUCUUGUUUAAACUUGUCUUACGGAGAGUUCGACAUAGACUUAAUCUCUAUUCUUAAAUACACGCUCAGCAUUAAUUGGUUGUUGUGAUUCAUAUUAGUGUAAAAUUUCAAAAAAAUGUAUCAAUCACUUUCUUGGGUUUCGAAUUAAUUGGGAGAAGGAUAGGAGAAUAUGAUCAUAGUGUAUAUUUAAGUAAAUGUAUAAUAACGAUAUUUUACACUAUUAAGAUACGUUUAUAUUAAUGUUAAAUAUUUAUUUUACCAAUAUAUAUUUGUACUCGAAACUAGGUGUAACGUAGCUCAUAUUAGAGAGGAACAUAGCUUUCAGAAUGUUAUAAGCAAAUUUAAUCUAUUUUACGCUGAUUUAGUGUUAUUUGCAACUUUCAUUGAAAAGUUCCAUUGUUAAGUAGUACUAAAAAAUUAUAAUUAAAAUGCUUAGAAUGUAAUCGCGCAUGAAUUUAUUAUGCGGGUGCACGGAGAGGAAUGAAACUUGCAAUGCACACAAUUUAUGUUCUACAAUUUUCCUUUUUUUAUUCGGAAAAUUAAUUGUAAAAAGAUCAAGCUGUCGUUUUCUUUUGAUGGGGAAAGUCGCAGGAAUCGUAUGUAAGAUGUAGAAUUUACUAUUGUAUGUAAUCUUCCGCAAAAUAACUUGUUUGUAUACAUUUACAUAUAUAUUGAGGUACAUACAUACAUAUAUAUAUACAUUAAUUCUACUUUCUUAACCAAUGACUAAAAGACACUUAUUCAUUGGUUAACACCUAUAUCUCUUAUAGUGAUACUAUGUUAUUUAAACAGUUGAUGAUGACACGAUGACACGAUUUGCUUGAAAAUGUAAAUGGUGUAAAUUGAUUUCCAAAAACGUGCGUCGAUAAUGUUCAAGUUUGUGUCCGAGUCAACUGUAAUACCAGAUUACCGUAUCAUUUAAUGUAAUGUUAUACGACUUUAGAAAUGAUUAAUAGCGACCUUGUCCUCUGGAUGAUCCGUGAAACUAAGUCGAUUGAAUCAGACAUGUACGUAUAAGGGAAUGGUCGUUGAGCAACACUUGAUUUAUUCGUUAAAGUGAACAAGCUUGUCGGAAUGUUUGUUGAUCGUGUAUUUAAAAAGUUUAUUUCAUUGUUUAUAUUUAUUAUUAUUUCUUUUUUACAUUGCGUUCUAGACUGACAUGCUGUCAUUUUCUUUUUGUAAUCCAGCAAAGUCAGUGGGUACGUGCAGUAUGGAUACUCUGGUAUCUUGAAAAAUCGUUUUUAUUAUGUCUGUACACUCUUAUUCAUUUAUUUAUGGGUGAAUAAGUAUAUUAUGUACAUCGUUGCUAAAAUUUUAAUUAAAAUGAAACUAUGAUGAACGAUAAAGAUCUUUUGUAACUUGGCUCACGUUGUGAUACAGAGUGUCUAUGAUACAUAUAUAUAUAUAUAUGUGUGUGUGAAAAUAUUUAUCAGAAAAUAUUCUGCUAUACAUAUUAUGAACUGUAAGACACUCUAUGUGACAAACGCAGUCAAAAUUAUAGCACCACAUGGUAGGCUCUUUCAAUAGCAAUGUUUCCAUGCUUAAAUAUAACUCACCCCUGUUAUCGAUAAGGGCAAUAAUAUAUCCAACAAAAAAAAAUAAUAUCUAAACACUGAUAACUAGGCUGCAGACUUUAUGGAUUCAUAUCAUGCAUCGAUAUCUAUAAUUCAGUACAGCAUAACGUUUAAUAAUGUUUAAUAAAGUUUCUACUUCAUUUUGUUUCACUUUAUUUAGAACAUGGUAAAACUGAUAAUAAGGACACAAAGUUUCUGCUUCAUUGAAGUUCCUGCGUAGCAGACCAUAAAUAUCCA